GCCCCCGGACAUUUCAUUCCCUAAACGGCACACGCAGUGACGAUCCAUUUAAUUCGCAGGAUUUAAACAUAAAGAAGAUUAUUAUUAAAUAGAGCAGUUAACAGAGCGAAAGCAGUAGUGUUGUUCGCAAUGGCUUUCAUGACUUUCAUGUUUCAGCUGUGUUUUAAGACCUACUUUAUUUUAAUUUUAAGGAGUUUGUUUGUCGGAGCUUCCCCCGAGCAGGGAAGUUUGUACAUGUGGAUUGAUGCCAGGCAAGCAAGGACAUUAUUAGGUUUCGAGGAGGAUAUUUUAAUUGUGUCCGAGGGUAAAAUGGCCCCGUUCACCCACGACUUCAGAAAGGCGCAGCAGCGGAUGCCCGCCAUCCCCGUUCAUAUCCACCACGUGAACUUCACCUGGCAAGUGACUGACGACCAGUGCUCUCCUUCAGCAGGAGGACAGUGGAGGCCCACACUUCAGCCACAGCAGCUUUCAAUACUUUUGUUACUUGAAAAGGGGAAGAGGCAAAGACCAUAUCUUAUUCCACUGCAGGAGGAUUACUUCUAUGAGUUCCAGAGUCUGCGUUCCUUUGACAAGGACAUCAUGGAUGACCCCAUCGUCAAUGUCCCGCUUCUAGGCUCUGUACCUCAUAAAACUUCAGUGGUUCAGGUAGGCUUCCCGUGCCGAGGCGAGCAAGAUGGAGUUGCAGCAUUUGAGGUAACCAUUCUAGUAAUGGACAGAGGUGGAAACAUCAUUCUCAGGACCCCACACAAUGCCAUCUUCUUUAAGACCUGCCAAAAAGCAAAGUGUCCCGGCGGCUGUAGGAACGGAGGCUACUGCAGCGAGAGGCACGUCUGCGAGUGUCAGGAUGGUUUCUAUGGCACACAUUGUGAAAAAGCCCUGUGUUCACCAAGAUGCCUGAAUGGAGGUUUGUGCAUGAGUCCAGGAGUGUGUAUCUGUCCUCCAGGCUACUAUGGUGUCAGCUGUGAGAAAGCAAACUGCAGCACUACAUGUUUAAAUGGCGGAACAUGUUUCCAUCCUGGAAAAUGUAUUUGUUCUGCUGGAUUUGAGGGUGUACGCUGUGAAAUAAGUAAAUGCCGGUGGCAAUGCAGAAAUGGAGGCAAAUGUAUAGGAAAGAACAAAUGCAAAUGUGCCAAAGGCUACCAUGGAGAUCUGUGCACAAAAGCUGUCUGUGAGCCCAGCUGUGGAGCACACGGAACCUGCGUGGAGCCCAACAGGUGUCAGUGCCAGGAGGGUUGGCACGGACGUCACUGUAAUAAGAGAUUUCGUGGGGGAUUGUCAAUUCUCCAACGCCAAACAAACCCCAGGCCAAAGUCCCAGACCACGUCAGGGAAAGAAACCAAGGAAUCCACCGGCACUAACCGCCCAUCAGAGAGCAACUAUGCAGUUUAAGGUUCUUGCUGUCCUUCGUGCUCCCCUCUGCCCCUGACCCAAACUCUUCAGGGACUUAUCCUCAUCAUUCUCCAUGACAGCGUCCCAUUUAUACUGCGGCUUCCACCAGAACCUGACCUUUUUAUGUUUAUACUCAGUAUUCCCUUCCAGAACUCUUUUGACAGAGUAUCUCUACAGCCCCGACAGACUCUUCUGUACUGCAGACAAUGCGAGGGAGUGCCUCUGCUGGAAAUGUGGACAUGAAUCACAGGGAAUUACAGCCCAGAAGAUUUUUUUUUGUGUGGGCAUGACUUGACUGAGGAUGAUAAUUACUGUGUGCAGCUCAUGUGCAUGGGUUGGUUUGUCAGUCUAUUUCCCUUUAUCACCCUCUCUUCUAUGUAGAGACAUUGAACAGACUUUCGAACACCAUCUGUUCUGUUCCUUUUUUGUGUAUUCUGUAGUAUAAAUGCCAUAUGAAAUGGAUAUAUACUUAACUGUCAUGACAACGUAGUGUAAUCAAUGAGUACUUAGUUUUAUAUAACAAGCAAAUAAGCCGUGUAUAGGCAUACAAAAGCAUUUAGUAAUGGACUGUUAUCAUCAAGAGGGUGAUAAACCACUCAAAUAAAAAAUAAAUAUACA